CUGUGACCUGGACAUUGCCCAACUGAGCAGGAGCUUUGACCCUGUGGGCUUACAGCUCAUCUGAACCUGCUUAGUCCGCCUUCCUGUUGUGUUAACCUUGCAGAGGGGGAAGAGUGCCAACUCUCCACCCCCCUUCCAUCACUCCUGGGUACCUGAUCCACCUUCCACCCUCAUGGGUAAGGAAGGGGACAGGAAGGUCACCAAUCCAACCAAGCCACAGUGCCAAAUCCUGUUGGUUCAUUUGUUUUCCCCUGAUUGGGUUAUGUUUUCAAACCAUCAACAGAUUCAUAGCUGCUGGUGGAUGUCAAAUUUCAAAAUAGGGGAGUCCCAAUACGGUGACUUGUGCAUUAGGAAGUCAUAGGCAAGCCACUUACUUUCUCUGAGUUUCAAUAUCCUUGUCCCAAUAAAAGGGCAACUGUGAUUAGCUCUGAGCACAUAUUGCAGAAGUCAACAUCCCGCCCUUCCAGUGUCCUUCUGAUCAGGCCCAGAGGAGAGCCAGUUUCAUCUUCUUUCUUUUUGGUCAACUCCAGACAUCUGCAACAAACAAGAAGAUGAACAACAACCAUUAAAAUUGGCCCCUGGACAGUUUAUCUGUCAGCGCACGCAUGGCUGCAGGAUCUCAUUAUAGGCCAAAGGGAAAGGAUGUCUGCUUCCUUUCUGUCCUGGAAUUCCGUGAUAAAAUCCCCUCCAGUUGUCUCUACUGAUUCCAUUUUGUUUUCUUUCUUGGCUAUAACACAGAUAGGAGGAAAAAUCUUUCCUCCCUCAAGGCAGAGUUUUCAACGCAUCACCUCAGAAUGCCAAAUGUUCUGGAAAGGAAGAAAGUUGGUAGCGAAGGAACCUGCAGAGAGAGGGACUGAGAGGGCUGAAGGGCCCAGCAGCUCCUGGCAGGCUCCUUUGGUCUCUGUUUGAAAUUGGCUGAAAAGACAUGGAAUUUAGUAGGCAAGUCUGCCUCCUUCUCCUCCUCUUAUCUGCAGAGGAGAGAUCGGUUCCCAGCUGGCCGGGGCAGUGUCAUUGAUACAGCUGGUGUCAUUGUUACCUCCACUAACAGAUCACUUGACACCUACCGGCUCAGGCAGGGCUGGGACUGGGCAUUUCCUGGCUGAACUGGAGGCUUCGGCCCGCCCCAUUGUCCCAGAACCCCAGGUGAGGCCAAGACAUGGGCUCUGCUGGGAUGCCAUGCUUGGUGACCCAGCAGAAGGACUAGAUUGCUCCUAGUGGGUGCUCCCCCUUGCAGAGUCCCAGCUGCCCCUUUGGGUCCUGUUGCCUGGCCUCUUUUGCUGUCCUGGGUAGAGGAGAUGAGUUUGUCGCUGGCUGCAAGCUGAGGCCAACUGACGCUGCUGCGCAGAGAAGGGGCACCUAGAGUGGCCUCGGAUUGAGGAGCCUGUAGUGCAGAGCAACCCCUCGGGCCUUCCGCCUGGCCCUGCUUCCCUGGCCGGCUGCCCUUCUGGUGAGUGCAUCCCAGGUGGCAUCAUGCUGCAGCAGAUCCUGCACGACAUGUACAUCGACCCUGAGCUCCUCGCCGAGCUCAGUGAUGUGCAGAAGCACAUCCUCUUCUACAAGAUGCGGGAGGAGCAGCUGAGGCGCUGGAAGGAGCGGGAGACUUGGGAGUCCCUGGCCCAGGACAAGGGUCUCAGGCCUACGAAGACCAAGCGAGCAGCAAGUGACAAGCACAUCCAAUGGCUCCUAGGGGCAGAUGGCGAGGUCUGGGUCUGGAUCAUGGGAGAAGGCCCUGGUGACAAGCCCUACGAAGCGAUCUCUGAGGAGCUGAUUGCAGAGAGGGCGCGGCUGCAGGCACAGAGGGAAGCUGAGGAGCUCUGGAGACAGAAGGAGGCAGAGAUCACCAAGAAGUUCCGGGAUGCUCUGGCCAACGAGAAAGCCCGGAUCUUGGCAGAGAAGUGGAAAGUGGAGAUGGAAGACCGCAAGGCAGCCAAAGUCUUGGAGGAACGCAUCCAGGAGGAAUUCAAGAGGAAAGAGGAAGAGGAGAGGAAGCGAGGAGAAGAGCAGAUUCGCCUCCAGGAAGAGCAGAGGGCAAAGGAGCUCUACUGGACCCUGAAGCGGGCUCAGCUGCAUUGCCAAGCCAGUGAGAAAGAGGAGCGAGAGUGGGAAGAACAGUUGCGCCGGUCAAAGGCGGCUGAUGAGGAGAGGAGCCGCCGAGCCCAGCGCGCCCGAGACGAGUACCGACGCCACUCGCUCCGUGCUAUCCAGAAGGGCACGGUCGCCGGCCUCAGCUCCAUGUUCCGGGAGCUCGGCCAGAGCCAUGAGCAGGAGGCAAGACUCUACCACCACCUCCCCGGGCCGGGUCCGCCGCAGCCCCUCGCCCUGCCGGUCAGGACCUGGGAGCGCCCGCUGCGCCCAGUCUCCAGAGAUGUCAUCGUCCGCUGGUUUAAGGAGGAGCAGCUGCCUCGCGGAGCUGGCUUCGAGAGGAAUACCAAGUUCAUCGCCCCCUGGUUCCAUGGAGGAAAUUAUCACUGUUUCAGGAGGAGAGUUACUUCAGGAACCCUGUGGACAGAGGGACAGCCCACCAGACUACCAUCCAUUGUUUGAAUAAUAUUUUUUUUCCUUAUCAGUUGGAUUCCUUUGGGCAUCCUGUUUUUGAACUGAGCUUAAGAACUUCUCAACUCGAAUUCUAUGGCCUUCUGGAAGAUCCACCACUAUCCAGAGGAAAAAGUAGAUUAAUAUGUCUCAAGGGAUAUGACAUCUAUGGCAUAGGGCUACUGGUCUCAUCCCAGUGAUCAGGACAGAAAUUGCUAAUAGCUCAUGCAACUCUUUCAUGAAGAGCUUAGCUAUAUGACCUUAGAAGACAAAGCCUGUUUGUUAUGGCUUCCAGAAACUGAGCUUUUACAGUGUGUGGACCAUGUUUUAAUAAUCCAAAAUAAUUCCAGUGCCGAACCCUAAAUUUAACAUAUGGUAGACAUUCAGUAAAUGUUUGUUAAUGAAUGCACAUCUUCUAAAAGUUUUCCAACACAAAUUAGCAGUGGUUUCUUGUAAAUUAUUUCCUGCUCUAUAAAAUCAUGGUGAUAAUGGAAGAUUAUGAAGGAUUUCUAUGGAGAACAUAAAUGCUGCAUCUUUCAUAAUCUCCAUUAUUACCCUUAUUGAUGUUAUCAUUGGAAUUAUCUAAGGCGAGCCCCAGUUUCCAGGGCAGCUGAUUGACACUGUCCUGACUUCCUUAUUUGGCCUCUUCUUUUGUCACUCUCCUCUAUCUUUGAAUCAUAUCUUGGCCCUGGUUUUGCAAUGGUUUUAUGUAAUCCUACAGAUGUCUUCAAGACCUGGGGUGAGUUAUAAAUGCAAGAAUGGUUUUGAGAAAUCUAAUGUGGCUCUGCUGUCUGUGAUAUGGCCCUCUUUAUGCAGGUUACUCCAAUGAUUAGCUCUGUCCUCAUUGUCCUUUUAAUUCGCUUGUCAACUUAAUCUCAGUAUGUUCCUUAUAUUAACAAGAAGACUCACCCAAUAACUCCUCAGUAACUCUCAGUGAUGGUGUCUAUUGGUGCAUACUUGUGUUCCACAGUUAUAGCCAUAUACACCGAGGUAGUAUAUUAUGAAGAGAAGAUUACAGUCUUUACAGUCAAGAAAACUCGGGUUCAGAUCCUCACCCUGGAACUUAUUAGCAUUAUAAUGCUUGCAGCAUUGUGUUUGGUGAGAGGGAACGAAUGAAGGGACCCUAGGGAUGUUAGGGAACAAUUUAUUUUACUUGAUGGCUGUAUCAAACAUCUCCUAUGCCCCUCUUCUUCUCUUGCCUCACCUGUUCCUUAGAUUCUUGGUCACUUCUCUACCACAAGCCACCAGCACUGUAACCAGUUUUGCAUGAGUUCUGCUCUUCCUCCCUAUGUUGAUCAGUGUCAUGUGAGCAUAAGCCAGUGGUAGCUUGCCACAUGUCCUGUCUCCCGUUGCUGCAGAGGCAUAAGACAGAGGAGAUGGGAAGUGAAUGCCCCAUGUGGUGAAUCUGGGAUGAAUGGGAGUCACAGGCUGGUAGAUCGCUUUUUCCCCGUUCUUCCUCCUGGAGGAACUAUUCUGAGAGGCAUCUGUUUGAAUGGUCUUUUAGAAGACGGUCCUGCAAGAUCGGGCAACCAGUCACGAUGAAACCAAGUGGUGGCUGGAUCAGUAUGACACCCCCCUGCUCCUGUUUGUUCCUUCUUCUCUGCCUUGCCCUGCUCUCUCCUGUUGCUCUGGGAUUGCACUUCUGAAUGAAGUAGCAGCUUGUAGGCUUUUGCCACUGGCUCUACCUUUUGGGGAAUCCAGGAUAAGAACCCAUCAUAGAGAAGUGUUCAAUAAUAUCAAUUUUGCAACUCAGCUCCGUGGCUUUCCCAGGUCUGCCUGUCUCACUGCAUGCAUACAGUGAAAUGAUGGAAGGAACCUCCUUUCUGAACUCUAAUGUGCCUUAAUUGAUUAUCAUUAAAAUUAUCAUUAAAAUUGCCUUAUUUCUAUGGACGCAGAGGAAUGAUGCUUUAGUUUUGGCUCUCUGAUGAUUUACCAACUAUGUGACUUUGUCCAAGUCAUUUAACUUCAGUAAACCUCAGUAUGACUGAAAAGGGAAUUUUCUGUAUGGCCGUCACUAGGUUUUUUUGCAGGUCAGUUAAAUUAUAAACAUGAAAGCUCUGUCCAAAUGAAAAAGGUAUUUCUAACAACAACCACGAUAACAACAACAAUUUAGUCCUUAGCCAUGAUGUGUCGGGGGAUAUGAUGUGAUGAUUUUCAAGGUGUUGGAAGAAACUUUUGUUCCAAGAACUAACAGCAGCUUUGAAAGCAGACCAAGAUGGGUUGAGGCCCUGAAUCCCUGGGCUGUUGUUCCUGUCACCCCUAAUUAAUAUGAGAGAGACAACAGCUGGGUUUUCCAUCCCUAACACAUUUAUUUCAUUUUAUUUGGGCCCUGCAAUUUCUGCAUGUCUCAUAUAUUUUAGGUUUUACCUUUUUACCUGGCUUUAAAAUAAAUCCCUUGUAAGUUGUCCUGCAAAUGAAAUUACUGUCUGGAAAACUGCAAUUUCAUCUUGAGAGUUUUAUUAUGCUAAUAAAUGUCAGGAUUCUCAAAUAAA